AUGAUCUCUCCCGAAGUUACCCCGGAUAUUCCCAUCGCAAACCUUGAAACUAUUAGCUAUGAUAAACUGCUUGAGGCUGACUCUCAGGAGAUUGCGAAGCUAGUCGAAAAUUGCAAGUCACUGGGCUUCUUUUAUCUAAAUCUGACAGGUACGGCUCGACGUGUUUUGGACGAUUCCAACAGCGUUUUCAGAGUAAUGGAAGACUAUUUUGAUCAACCUUUGAACGCUAAGUUGGAAGAUGCCAGACAAUCUGUCACCCAUGGUUAUACACCAAUUGGGACUUAUACAGGGGCCAAGAAAGGUGAAAAAGACUGUUAUGAGACAUUAAAGGUCUCUCAUGCUGAAAUGAAGAUUCAUGACCCCCAAUUACCGGCCACCGUCAAAACGCACAUGAAUCUUUUUGAGAAUUUCAUUUUUGGGUCUCAUACAAUAGUCAUUAAGCUCUUGGAAAGCCUCUCCACCGGAUUAGGUCUAGCGGGGGAGCAGCGUUUUGAAAAGCGACAUUGUGACGAUGUCCCUUCGAGGACGACGAUGGUCCUCUUCCGAUAUCCACGGCAGUUGACUGAAGGCGGUGGAAUUGGCCAUAAUAUGCAUACAGACAUUGGCAGCCUCACUCUACUCUUUUGCCGGGAUUAUGGCCUACAAAUUCUUUCUCCCUCAACCAACCAGUGGGGGUUUGUGAUCCCCAAACCUGGCCACGCAGUUAUAAACGUUGGGGACUCGUUGCGCUUCCUAUCCGGUCACCAGCUCGCUUCUUGUGUUCACCGCGUGCUACCAAUCACAGAGAGACAGGAACAUAAUCGCUACUCAAUUGCAUAUUUCUUACGGCCAGAUGAUAAUGUCAUUUAUGUCGAUAGCAAGGGCCGACAACUCUCUGCGAGGACGUGGCACGAUGAGAAGUACGAGACCUUCAGAGAGCCUCAUGAGAGGCAAGAAAAGGAUGCUAUUCUCACCGGUGGCAUGGAGCGCAAUGGAGUGUUUGUUUAG